UGCCGAUUACUGGCCUCAAAAUGGUAUACGAUUUUAGCGAUAUGAAAUGGUUCAACCACGAUUACACGAGUGCGGUGUAAAAUACGCAUCAUUGAAUUUUUCAGUAUAUCCUCCAGUACAGUUUCACAAUCCUCCGUAAUAAGUAUGGUAUUUUUCAUUUGAUUAAUAUUAGUUUGUGACUAUGAUAUUAUGUUGGAAUAUGGGAUGUGUGUGAGUUUGUGUUAUUGUUAUUUGUUUGGAGGAAUAACAAUUAUAUAUGCACAUAUUAGACAUUUAGGUUUAAAAAAAAAAUAAGAUUUUUUCUUUGCUCCUUGGUCCUAUUUUUUGUUUCACGAACCAAAUAAACGACUGAUUUUAUAGUUAAGAUUGUUUGUCCGGUCUUAACCAUACCAUACAUUUGUGCUAUUGUCAGGUCUAGUGUUACAAUUCCUCAGUUUAAAUCACAGACAACACACAAGGUUUGGUCUCAAGAGGACCAACCGUUUUCCAACCCUGCUCAAAAAUGACAUAUUUGCAAAGCCUACACUGUGUAUUAAUUCUGCACAUAUAGCGUGUGGAGCGCUAUUUUUUCUCAAAAAUAACAUACACGCUUAGAAUAUUCAUACAAUAAAUGAAUAUAUCAUCUAUUUGCUAUGAAUGCAUUAGUUGUAUUAUGUUAGUAGUCUAAAUAUCACACAAUAUGAAUGCUACAACUAUUUAUAUGCGAUAUCGUUUUCCUAUUCUCAUGAGCCUGUUCUUCAACUACUACUAUGAUAUAACACAUAAUGUGAUAGGUGGCUCCGGUAUCAAAGAUCCAUAUUGUGGUAAGAAGUUACAAAACACCUCCAGUUUUGGUGCUGGGAGAUGCAUUAGCGAGUUGGCCAACUUGAUUUUGUCCUCAGUCUGUAGGUCCAGAAGGUCUCCCCCCUCAAUGGUCAACCCAAAUAGCCGAUCCACCAAUAGUCAACAACCUUCAAAAUGUGUAGUCUGGGAGCAUCGAAAGUUGGACGAUAGUAUACUUGGUUGUGGUGGUUCGAAUCCAAUUCGUGAGAAGAGUCCAAGAGAGAAAUUAUAACAGUCAAAAAGCCUUCGGUUCACUAUAUAUGCUUCUAUUUAUUAUAAAUACUAAAGGAAGUGAAUGAUUGGGACUGAUAUUCUUUAUUGAGAAUAGAAUAAAGGAAAAAACGAAGAUAAAAGUAACGACAAUGCACAGUAGAGUGAAGAAAUCUGCAAAUUUGAUAGAAGAAGCAGAAGGGGCUCUUAACGGUUCAGGGGCUACUGAAAGAUUCUUUUGAAAUGAUGGUUUUUCUCGACAAAUUUUGUUUUUUCUGUCCAAUUAUUUUAUCUUUGAAAUAGGUUUGCUUUGUUUAUUGAUCUUUGUCCACUCGUAGAUCCAAGAAUGUGCAUGCCUCUUACAUCAAGCUCCUCAACAGAGGGAAACUAAACACCUCCAUAUCACCGUAAUUAAAUUGCAUAUUGCUCAGAGAGAUAUUGGUCAGAUUCUUUAGAAAUUAUUUUAAGAAAAUUCCCGCGGGGAUAGGGUGGUCUGAUCCCUGUCCCAAACUCCCAGUUUCAGUUGACGAUGCUCCUUUUCUUCCUGAUCUUUAGACACGUCUAUUAGUUCUAUGAUGGUGUGAUCAUAAAACUAAUACCAAUUGUUAAUCAGAUCAGACUUCACCUUGCUGCAAACGACACUCACCAAAUCAUACCAAUUGUUAAUCAGAUCAGACUUGUACUUGGAGAAGAUUUUGCACUCUUCAUCGCAUAAAGAAAAUGUAGUGAAUUGUUUCCACACAUCCAUCCACUAGAUAGAAAAGGUCAUAUCUCUUACCAUGCUAAAUGUAUCUAUUAUACUCUAGACUUCUAAUUUAAGCUCCAACGGGAGUUCAAUGAGCUAGUCUCUUUACCCCUCCAUCUUUAACUCUUCAUUGCCCAAAAAAAUACAUGAAAGAAGAUAAAUCUAAAAAGGUUAUUGUUUAACGAGAACAACAUAAAGAGAAAGAAAGAUUAUGACACUUCUGGUUUCCUUUCUAUCGAGGACUGUGUGCGCAAUUAGUGAGAAAAGGAAAGAGAGAGCGUAGGAUAAGAUUUCUUAUCAAAAGUUAUCAAAGUCGUAUAGGAGAGCUACUGUCUACUAGCAAACAUAAAAGAGAUGCAAGAAACUGAUUAAUUACGUCUGAAUUUCUGCAUUUUUCGCACGCAGUCUGACUGCGAAUUAUAUAACAGGGGAUGGAGAGAAAACGGAAUGUGAAGGAUAAAAGAUUUAGAAGUGACGAGACACGAGAGAAGGAAUACCCAGACAAGAGGAGAGGAGGGGUGUGUGUGUGUGUGUGUGUGUGUGUGAGAGAGAGAGAGAGAGAGAGAGAGAGAGAGAUGAGAGAUCUGCUGUGGCGCCUUAGAGAGAGACGGAGCCUCUAUUGUGGCAUCUAUUUCAAAUAUUCGGUUCAAGGCUAAAGAACAGAGACAUAAAAUAGUCUUUUUUGUUAAUACAAUGAGAGGACCAAACCAUUUCCAACCCGGCUCGAAAUUAACAUCUUUAGUAGAUUGAUUAACGAAUUAUCAUCCAAAUAAAUUGAAAUUUAUUAUACAGCAAGAUAACGAAAAUCAAUUUAGAGUUUCGCUCAAACAUAACUAACUUAUGUCACAUUAUUAAGUCAUGUAGAGAGAAAUGACAAUUACUUAAUUUGCAUCAUAUCUAUACUUUUUUGUGGAUCAUUUGGUCAUUGGUCGGUGCUAAAAAGAAUAAAAGAAAUAAAAAAAAUUAAACCUUAAUUAGAUUACCAUACUAGUGGACAAUCCCAACAAAAGUCAAAAAGGCAAGUUAGCCACUAAUAUAUAAACAAACCAUCCAUCAUCUCUUCCGAUUUCCUUUCUACUCGAUCGCACUCACUCUCCCCUUGCUGUAACAGAAGAGAAAAAAACAUGGAGGAACAGAAACCAGGAGGCAUGAAUCAGAGCGCCGGUGGAAUGAUCGGCAAAGAAGAGAGUUUCGAUCAAUCAGCUUCCCCUCAACCAGCUCCACCUCGUUACCCGACCACCGCCGCCGCCGCCGAUUAUUUACUGCGAGACGAGAAAAUCGGGGGGAUGGUGCAGGGUCUCCACAGAGAGGCGUCCUGUUUCGCCAGCGAAAUCGAGGGCUUCUUCGGCGACAUUUACCCCGACGAUCUCACUUGCUUUACCUUCAAAACUCCGCACUCCAUGGAGGGAUUUGCAGCUUGUGAUGGUGGCCUAACAGAUUCAUUCCUAUGGUCACAUAGCUGUAGUAAUAAUGUCAACCUCAAGCAAUACAGCCAUUCAGUUUCCAUUGACGCCCAGUCAUCCAUCUGUGUUGGGAGCCCGACAUCAGCUAAGCCGAACGUGCGAGAGAUCGAACCGAAAGUCACAUGGAGCGGUUCGUCGCCAGAGCCAUCAAAUGAGGAUGAAGAAGAUGCUGAGAUAGAAGCAGGGCCCUGCGAGCAGAGCACCAACCCUGCUGUUGAUGUCAAGCGCGUCAGAAGGAUGGUAUCGAAUCGGGAGUCUGCUAGACGAUCUCGAAGAAGGAAGCAAGCUCAUCUGGCUGAACUGGAAUUGCAGGUUGAGCAGCUGACAGGAGAGAAUGCAACGAUGUACAAGCAGCUCUCGGACGCAGCCCAGCAGUACCGCGAGGCUGGCACGAACCACAGGGUGCUGAAAUCGGGCGUCGAGGCCUUGCGAGCCAAGGUCAAGCUGGCUGAAGACAUGGUGGCUCGUGGAUCAUUCACCUGCAACAUGAACAUGCUGCUGCAGAACAACAACAACAACAACAACAUUCAACCUGCAGUAACAGUAGCACCUCCUCAGGUUAUGAACAAUCACGUUAAUCUCCAUCACCACCAUCAUCAUCGGAUGGCUGCCAACGUGUCGCCGAGCAUCACGGUGCAAGGAGGAGAGGAGGUGUCGUAUGGUGGUGGUGGUGGCGGCGGCGGCGCAGGAGGAGUUCCAGUUGGUAGUGCAAGUCUCAACAAUGAUGUGGUUAGUGAGACUGGUGUAAGUUGUGUGUCUAGUGUAAUCUGGCCUUAAUUAAAUUACUGAGCUAGCUAGCCGUCAUGUGAUCUAUAGUCUUGUUCUCACUUUUGCUUAGUGCAAUCUGGCGUGUAUGUAAUGUACUUAAUGUUACAAUAAGUGUCUCUAUGUAAGCUCUAUUUGUAUGGUAAUGUGCACGAUGUAAAGAACUUGGUCCAUUGCUAGGGGCAGCCUCUUCCUGUUUGUUUACUGUGACUGAGCAUGUGGACGAUGCUUUAAAACGAGAUUUUGUAUGAUUGACAGAAUAUUUAAAGUUAAUAUAUGUGCUAAUUUUAU